AUGCAAGAUCAGCCUGCAAGGAAAACUUUCAAAUAUUGUAAUGUUUGGAGCACACAUCCACUGUUCUUGGAGAUUGUUAGAGAGAGUUGGAAUGAACAGGUUCAGGAAUGUACAAUGUUUAAGGCCAAACUGCAACUGCAUCCACAGGAUCAGAGUCUUCAGGCACAAGAGAAAACAUCAUAUUUGAGGUAUAAGAAAGCUUCUAUUCUAGCAGAAAAGCCUCUUAUACAGAAGAGUAAAGCUACUUGGAUUAGACUUGGUGAUGACAACACCAAGUAUUUUCAUUCAGUGAUCAAAAAAAGGAAGCUGCAGCAGUCUGUUACCCAAAUACAAGAUGAACAUGGGGUCACCCAAAUAGAUCCUAUUGUGAUAGCAGGGGUCUUUGUUAAAUUUUAUCGGAACUUGCUAGGGGAGGUGGGAGGAUCAAGGAGACAUGCAUAUACAGGAUUCCUGAAAAAUGGCCCUACUCUAGAAGCAGUACAACAGUUGAAUCUAAUUAAAACUUUCACUGAGAGGGAAGUUAAAGAGGCUAUGUUCAGCAUUUGCAUCAACAAAAGUCCAGGUUCGGAUGGGUAUGGUGGUGGUUUUUUUAGAGAUGCAUGGGCCAUUGUUGGUAAUGAAGUCACGGAAGCAGUUUUGGAGUUUUUCCAAAAUGGGAAGCUCCUGAAACAGAUUAGUGCAACAUGA